AUGAGUGAUACGGAAACAACUGAGAACGAGGCUCAAGAGACGGUGGUAAUAGUUAUAUCGGAUUUUAAGAAGCAGAAACGAAAUGCAAAAUCGUUGUUGACACGUUUGUUAACACAGUUAUCCUGUUUGUUGUCAGAGGAAAACCCUAAUCGAGAGAAUAUAUGCGAUUUAUUGGUUAAAAUCGAUGAACAGAAAGACAUUUGUUUGGAGGUAUUAGAUAAGCUUGAGGAAGCAUACCAGAAAAGUGGGGAUAAACAAAACGCAUUAAGAAUAGGUGAUGAAUCGGACAAAAUAGCUGAGCAAGUGGAUGUUGAAACACAUGCCUCAC